AUUGCAUAAAGUAGUCGAUGAUGUUAUAAUAUUUUGUAAAGAUACCUUAAGCCAAAAUCUACCAAGGGAUGAUUACAAAGAAUUUUUGGAAUUGGUAAUAAUUUUUUUGGGUGGGGUACCACCUAAAGGUAUUCAUUUUAGACGUCCAGGAGCUUAUCAUCUAGCUAGAUGGAUGUGCAAGGGAAUAUAUUGUUUGAAAAUAUACAUUUUUCAAGAACAAUUUAAAAUUACGAAAGCAGAAAUUUCUUCGUUAAAAACUAUUUGUUGUUUUAUUGUAAAAUGCUAUAUCGAGUUUUGGUUUAGGUCUCCUAAUGCUAUUGAAGCCCCUUAUAACGAUGUACUUUUUUUAAAAAAACUUGAAGACUAUAAAUCUGAUGAUAAGCGAGUGGCUGAGAUCGCUAUGAAAAAAUUUAUUAAUCACUUAUGGUAUCUUGGAGAAGAAACCGCUUGUUUUUCGUUAUUUGAUGACAGGAUUGAUAAUCAAAUAAAAAAACAAAUGGCUAAAAAACUACUAGAAAAUGACGAGCUUGAGGACGAUGAAUUUACCACAGAUAUACAAAAAAAAUAUGUAUUAAAAAUUGGCGAUGUAUCACAAUUUCUAAAACAGGACUUACCACUUGAAUUAUUGACGCAUAAAUCGAAAAAUAUAUUCCAAAGGUUCAAAUUAAGCAUUGAUUUCUUGCAACAAAAUCCGGAAAUUUGGCCAAAUAUUGAUAGUUAUAAAAAGGCCAAGAAUAUUUUACACCAUAUGAGCGUCAUAAAUGAUGCAGCCGAACGUGGAGUCAAAUUGAUGGAAGAUUUUAAUACCAAAUUUACGAAAAAUGAAAAUCAAAAGCAGUAUGUAUUGAAGGUAGUACAAGAAUACCGUAAAAAAUAUCCAGGCCAUAGUAAAAAUAUGUUGACCAAAGAUGCAAUAAAAUAGUAAAGUUACUAUAUUU